UUUCGAAAAGCUUCUUUCAGUGGCAGUAUUCUGAGAGGAACGAUAAGCGACAGGCACAAAAACUACAAAAAUAUUUCUGUUGGUGUGACUCGAAGUGAUUUCAUGAAGUACGUGUUGUGAAGGCUGGGACGACCGCAAACUGCAUUCAAAGAAGACAAAAAGAGACAAUUAAGCGUUUCGAAUAACAAUCUCAAGAAACAAUGGCAUCCAAUGCUGGUACUAAGAAAUUGAUAAGCGGGUUGACAACGGCGAUUCGAAAUCGCCCAUUCGUCGUGCUCGGUGCCGCCGGCGUCGUGGGUGUGACCGGCUACAAACAGUACAAAGCCGAAAAACGCCUAGCAGAAGAUGCCAAGAAAAAAAGGGUCUUGGUGUUGCCCUUUCAUAGGAUGAAAAUCGUCGAAGAGAAAAAAUCACCAGCCAGUGCUCUGUUUUCGAAUCUGACGGGUUCCGUAGAGAACGGGGGUGUCGGUACCGAAAAGACGAUCGAAAUGCAGUCGGACGAGUUGAUUACUUUGAUCAAGGAAGCGGCAGAAGACCCCUCUAUUGUGAGUAUGUAUGGGGUUUUCGGAAAUGGGGGCACGAUUUCAACAGGAGGGUGGGCCCACUUAGAAGAAAUACGAAAUGCCCUAGAAACUUUUUCAAAACCAUCUUCGACGGUGGACGAAGACGACGAAUCGGCAAGAACGAACGAGACGAAAAAAACGGGGAAGGCGAUGCACGCGUACUCAAAUACAUUUGGAGGACAAAAAAGCAUGCAAGAGUAUUAUUUAGCGAGCGCUUUUCACAAAAUACAUUUGCAACCACAAGGUGACUUGAAUCUCUACGGAUUGCACACGACAAACCUUUUCAUUCGUGACUUCUUGAAAAAGUACGGCAUCACUGUUCACGUGUGGAAACAUGGAGUGUACAAGAACAUGGCUAAUCUAUUCACUCAUUCGUACUACAGCAAGGAACAUUUAGAGAACGCCGAAGGAGUCCUCCUUCCCAUUCACAAACAUGUGUGCAACGCUAUUUAUUCAAGUCGACACGAACAACUCAAAAAGUACGGUUAUGAUUUCGAUCAGUUUUGGAGCAUGGUAGAAAAUGCGGGAUCGUUGCCCGCAAAUGUGGCCCACCAAAUCGGAUUCGUUGAUCACUUGCCACUUAAAAACCCACUUGACGCCCUCUUGAAAAACAACAAGCGUGAGAUGCGAGUUAGAAAGGAAGGAGUUGGUGGCGUCGAUACUGAUGUGGACGCAAGUUCUAUAAUGACUGAUACCACUAGUCCACCCUCCACCAGCGGUGAUAGCGACGAUGACAGUGCCACUGAAAAGGUAGAUACUAAAAGAGAAAAGGAAAACACAGCUGUUGCGAAGAGUGGUGACGAAAAUAGUAGCUCUGCUGCUGUUGGAGAUAAUUGGAAGCUUGGGACAGAUUCGGGUAGCUUCCAAGCUGAUUCGCAGAUUUUCAUUGACGCAUAUUCUCGGCAGAGGUCGAAAUUGCGAAAGAAGAGAGCAUCCUCCGGCAAUUUGUUAGAAUCUCUACUUUCGGCGUUCGGAAUUGGUGAUGAGGUGAGUUGCAAAUAAUUUUGUUGAUGGCGCAAUACCAUAAACACUUAGACCAUUCGAUGGCUAUUGUGUGAUAUCAAUUGUUUUGCUUACAAUCCUGAAUUUGGUAUUGGAAAUAUUACUUAUCAGGAUGAAAAAUCAAAGGAAGUCAAAGAAAAGAUUGCUGUAAUUAAAAUUAAUGGGGCAAUCGGAGAAAUGACGGCUCGCAAAGCCGAAAAGGCCUUGCGAAAAGUUAAGGAACAAAAAGAUAUUAAGUGUGUAGUAUUGAGAGUUGAUUCGCCCGGAGGAAGUAUUAAUGCGUGCGAAUCUAUACAUCAAGAGAUUUUAGAUUUGCCUCAAAAGGUUAUUGUUAGUUUCGGUAAUGUUAGUGCCAGUGGUGGCUACUACAUUUCGUCCAGUGCCGAACGGAUCUUCGCGUUGCCUUCCACUGUCACAGGAUCCAUUGGGGUGGUGAUGAUGAGAAUGAAUUUCAAGGACUUGGCCAAACAAUACGGCAUUACAUUUGAUUCCAUUCCGACGAGCGACUUGUCAGGGAGCAAUGACCCUUUCUAUCCAGUCAACAAAAAGAUGAAUGAAAACUUUGGAAACCAAGCCGAUCGCUCCUAUCAUCGUUUCAAAUCACUCGUCAGCAGUGGCCGGAAUAUGAGCAUGAAGGAUGUUGAGAAGGUCGCAAAAGGACGUGUUUUCACAGGGGAACAAGCCAAAAAAGUUGGACUCGUGGAUGAGCUGGGGGGAUUGGACGAGGCAAUUGACUAUGCACAGCAAAACUGCACAUCGAGUGGGGCUGCGCGGGUUGUAAAUUGGCCUCCAAAAAAGUCUUUUUGGCAAUUUCUAUCUAUGCUUGGCAGCGACGAGGAAGGAGCCAACAACAUGGACGAGUACGAUGUUCCAGAUGUUGUGCACGUCGCCCUGAGUAGGUUUGUGAAUCUGAACAAUAGUUGGACCCCGUCCUCGCGAAACAUUGAACUCGGUGGCAUUUACUCUAUCUUUGGGAACGGUUGCUUCGCGUGUCCAUCGCUUCCCGUAACUUCUGGGGUCAUGCUCACAGUUGACGAAAACGCGGCAAUUCAGUGUAUGCUAGAAGACGCAAAUGUUUUAAAAGGAGGCUUUGCCUCUCAUGAUGGGACCAACAAUGGGAUGUAAUAGCUAUUAAUCCAUUUGAAUAUUCGCGCUCUAGUAUUAAAAAAAUGCGUUCAUAUGA